AUGGCUGCUGAUGAGUUUGUGGGCAUGGUUUCCAGCCCACACGUCUUGGGCAACCCGCUGCUGAAGACACAGCAUUUCGUGGGCACGUCUAAGUGGAAGAAGGUCUCGGAUGAUGAAAUCGUUGGCUAUCAUCAGAUGCGAGUUGCUCACCAGAAGUACACGAAUUCUAAUCUUAAGACUGUGGACAUCAAAGGACACUCACACGGGAGCGCAACCAUAUGGUAUAAAAGAGUCGAUGGUGUUUGGGAGUUCGCAGGGCUUAGGCCAAACGAAAGAUGGUUUGAGUACGACUAUGACAAGAUCUUUGGCGGCACACCAAACGAAACGAACUAG